AAGGUAAUUCUACUCCUAUUCGUGUCUUAUACUCAUGGGCAGGUGCAAGAUAGGUAUUACCCCCGUUACCACUUGGCACCGCCGUUUGGCUGGAUGAACGAUCCCAACGGAUUCUGCGUCUUCAACAACGAGAUCCAUCUGUUCUAUCAGCACAAUCCGCACAGCGGCGUCGAUUGCGGCGUUGCGCAGUGGGGACAUGCGAAAAGUAAAGACUUCUUCCAUUGGGAACAUCAACCGAUCGCUAUGCGCACUGAUAAGCCGUACGACACAUGCGGCGUGUUUUCUGGAAGCGCUCUAGUCGAAGAUAACACCAUAUACGUGUUCUACACUGGAAAUGUAAAAUACCCAGGAAAGACACCCGAUCACCAGAACCGUCAAGCCCUAGCCUGGAGUACGGACGGCGUCACCUUUACUAAAUAUGCGAACAACCCCAUCAUCACUGGUUAUAUAGACACGCCGGAUAUACGAGACCCUAAAGUUUGGGAACACCAAGGUACAUAUUACAUGGUAUUGGGUAGCUCUCUGAAUGAUUAUUAUAAUCCGACUAGUAAAAACAUUGGCAGCAUCGUUCUUUACUCUUCAAACGAUAAGUUUUCAUGGAACUACGUUUCUGUUCUGGCGCAAUCGAACGGCACUUUCGGAUUCAUGUGGGAAUGCCCCGACCUCUUUGAACUAGAUGGCAAAUACGUGCUUCUGUUUUCGCCUCAAGGUGUUGAGCCUUCGGGGGACAGAUAUCAAAACUUAUUCCAAACGGGUUACCUAAUUGGCGACUUUGACUAUUCCACUCUUAAGUUUACUCCGACGUCGGAGUUUGUGGAGCUCGACCACGGACACGACUUUUAUGCUACUCAGACCACUUUAGAUAAUUUUGGACGCCGUAUCGUGGUAGGUUGGUUUGAUAUGUGGGACCGAAAUUACCCUGAAGCCAAUGAUGGUUUCACUGGUAUUAUGACUAUACCUAGAGAGCUCAGACUAUUAAACGGCAAGCUUGUACAGAUACCCAUAGCAGAAGUUUCUAGCAUCAGGGGAAGACAAGUUUCGACGAUAAAUGGAUAUUAUGUUCUGAGUGACAAAGCCGGAGAAGUCAAUGUUCUUGCCGAUGGUUAUCGAAACUUUCAACUGUGCAUUGAAUCGGAAAAUGUCAAAGUGACGAUAUCUUACGAUGCAGCGAACGGCAAGGUGACGCUGGACCGCGGAGGCUCCGACAGUAUUCGUCGCACGGAUUGGAGACCUGCAGGGCGCGGGCAGCUGAAAUGGAGAAUCUUUGUGGACGCGAGCUCUAUUGAGCUGUUCUGCGGAGAGGGCGAGGUGACUUUCUCGAGCCGAUUCUUCCCUGAGGGUGCCGUGGUCAUUUAUCAACGUGGAGCAGCGGUAGUGACCGUAAACGAGAUACUACGCACUAUGCCUCGACCGUUAGAAACAGUAACUUCCGAUGCUAGUGCAGAAAGUAAGUCAUUACUUCACGAGUACCGAGAUAUCUUGCCACAAGACUCGGGACUAGUGAAGACUGAAGUUUCCGCAGGUGUAUCGACGUUUAUUUAA